AUGUGCUGGAUCUGUUGGCGACCGCAUGCAGCCGAGCUUCUCACGCAGUGCGCGGCGACGAUUUUCAGCUUCCCGACCGUCGCGGCGGCAACGACCAGUCGACGCGCGAUUGUCAAGCACUGUGUUCUUCUCGACGCCUACCUCACAAGGACGGCCACCAACGACUUGCGCAUCUCGGGCGUCGAUGGCUUACCGCCUCUGCAACGCGUGCUCGUGGACCACUGGGCAUUCGAUGUCUGCUCGGACAUUGCCCUCGGCGUUGCGGCUGCCGUGAACGUGGAUCCGUCUCUCGUGCGUAGCCCCUUGGUUGACGCUGUCCUUGAGGCCUUCCGUGGACGCUUCGACCGGAAGCAAAUCGACGACCUUCAACAGUCGGGUGCCGAGACGGCGGAGAGCAUUCUCGUGCUCGCGCUGCAUGCAAAGCGACUCGAUGACAACAUCUUCAAGAACGUCACCACCGUCUGGGGCCUCGCUGUGCCCUAA